CGGGACACGGACGCCGGCCCGCAUGGAGCUCGAGGAUGAAAGCUCUGGUCCCCGGGAUAAAACGACGGCAAAGACCGCCCGCCUCGACAUGAGCCACGGCUUUGUACACCACAUCCGCCGCAACCAGAUCGCCAGAGACGACUACGACAAGGAAGUGAGGCAGGCAAAAGAACGACAGAGGAAGAGACAGACCCCUGCUCCAGUCCGUCCACGCAAGCCGGACUUGCAGGUGUACCAUCCACGCAGGAGAAAUGGAGCAGAAAAUUUCUCUAGGUUUGACUGUGAGGAAUCAAAUGGAAGCAGUUCAGGCACUGAUCCGGAGCCACAGAAUACCACAGGAGAAGCACGGAACACUGAGCUUUUCUGUCUGGAUUACCAAGCAGAUGAUAAAAUUGUUACAUCAGUCAUAAUCCAUCAGAAUGAUGACCCCAAGAAAGUGGCUGAGAAAAUUGGAUCCAAGAAUAGCUUGGAGCCCUUGAUGAAGGAAGCGCUGAGGCUAAGAAUACAGGAGGAAAUUGAAAAGAGGAUCUCAAAGCGUUGAGUCCAACUGCAACUUCAUUGGGUGAUCCAAUUUUGUUUUUGUUUUGUGUUGUUUUUCUCCAUUUUUCGGUGGUUAAUGAAGCGUGGAGAGAUUUGAGGCCUCCAGGCCAUGCAAGUACUUGCAAGGACAAAAUGGGUCCAAAAAAAAAGAAAAAGACAGCUGAAAGGAGUGGUGGCCACGGCUAGAUUACCUGAAAGGGGCAAAGCACAUUGCUCAACUGCCAGAUUCAUGGGAGCUUCAGCUCCACAAAUGGUGCAGAAUGUCAAAAGAAUAUAAACAGGCUGAAACAAUAUUAUCAUGAAAUUUAAUAUGCAGAACAGAAGUAUUCCAUCUCUGGCAAGUAUUUUAACAAAGCUGAGGGAAAAAACGAUGCAGUAGGAUCCUUGCCUCGUGCCAAUACUCCCAACUCCACAAAGAAAGUGUUGACGGGAAUCUCAAGAGUUAUCCAUUUCUUCAUUUUAGGAGUAUAAGACAUAGGAACAGAAUUAGAUGAUUCAGCCCAUCAAGUCUCUGCCAUUCCAUCAUGGCUGAUUUAUUAUCCCUCUCAACCCCAUUCUCCUGCCUUCUCCCCGUAACCUUUGACAUCCUAACUAAUCAAGAACUUUGGCCUCCACAGCCAUUGGUGGCGAUGAUUUCCACAAAUUCCCAUCAAAUGGCUAAAGAAAUUCCUCCUCUCUCUGUUCUAAAAUCUAUUUGGUAAGUAGAUAAGUACAACCCAAGGUGGCUAUAGCCAUGGUACUUUUCUAAGGAACUGAGAAGCUGUCAUCCUGAAUAAUGUGUAGAAACUUCACAGAACAAAGAUCACGUUUGUGUAUGUGGCUGAAUCCAGUAACCAGUGUUGGUGUAACUCUAAGGACAAUUCCUGCUUUUUUUUUUUGCAGAGGGGCUGUAUAAAUUUUGAAACCCCAUUAAAAUAUUUUAAAAUGAGAUAUCUUUUCUGAAUGGGCUACCCUUCCUUUCAAAGAGGUUGCCUCUCACAAUCCUGUACCACUCCUAGCAGGUAGUCUGCAGGUUACUAGGGACCGGUGAGAGAAUGGUCAGUGCAGCUGGUAAAGAGCUGCUGACUACUUGUUGAAUACCGGCAACAUCUGGGAAGACGCUGGCUGCAAGAGUGGUUUAUAGGUAUAGAAUGUGAUGAUAAGAGGGUCAAGGCAGUCCAUCUGAAUUAUGGCACAGCCUGAAAGAUUAUUGGGUCUUACCCAGUUUGUGGACGGUUUGGGAUGUCUACCUCCAUGUAACCACGCUCAGGAUACCAUGCAGAAUAACAUGGAGAUGGACUCUGACCGUUAUAUUAUCAACCUUUAACACCUAAGAAGUUGAAGUCAAAUGAGUUUCUUAAAUUCAUAUUGUGCCAGUGUUUGCAUUGAUGAGAAAGGCCAACAAUUUUUAGAGUCAUGGAACACAUCGGCCACACAGGAGCAUAGUGGUUAGCACAACGCUAUACAAUACAGGCGACUGGGGUUGUAAGCAGUUUGUGCGUUCUCCCUGUGACCGUAUGGCUUUCCUCUGCGUGCUGCAGUCCAAAGAUCUUCCAGGUUACUUGGUCAUUGUAAGUUGUCCCGUGAUUAGGCUAGAAUUAAAUCGGGGAAUUGCUGGACGGCGCUGCCCGAACGGGCAGUAGGGCCUACUCUGCGCUGUAUCUCAAUAAAUAAAUAUCGAGCCUACCUAGUCCAUGCCAGCUUGGUAUUCUGUGUGGGCACGUGGCCAAGUGGUUAAGGCAUUGGACUAGCGACCUGAAGGUCGUGAGUUCGAGCCCCAGCUGAGGGAACGUGUUGCGUCCUUGAGCAAGGCACUUAAUCACACAGUGCUCUGUGACGACACCGGUGCCAAGCUGUAUGGGUCCUAAUGCCCUUCCCUUGGACAACAUCGGUGACGUAGAGAGGGGAGACUUGCAGCAUGGGCAACUGCUGGUCUUCCAUACAACCUGGCCCAGGCCUGGGCCCGGGAGAGUGAAGAUUUUCCAGGCGCAGAUCCAAGGUCUCGCAAGACUAACGGAUGCCUUUAAUUCUGCCUAGAUCCUACUAUCUGCACUUGGACUAUUCCCUCCGUACCUCUUCUAUCCAUUUUUCAAAGGUUGAAAUGGGAUAGAUACGAGAAAUGAGUAGUUUCCCCAGAUGAUCCAGAGGAUAGAUGAAACCUUCUCAGCCAUACAGGCUCCAAACUCCAAAAUAAUCACAUCUCCAGCUAACUGAGGAGCUGUGAUUGACAGCAACCACACAUUGGGCAUGUAGGUACAGCAGGCAGUGAAAAAGGCGAAUGGUAUGCUGGCAUUUAUAGCGAGAGGAUUCGAGUACAGGAGCAGGGAGGUACUACUGCAGUUGUACAAGGCCUUGGUGAGACCACACCUGGAGUAUUGUGUGCAGUUUUGGUCCCCUAAUCUGAGGCAAGACAUCCUUGCCAUAGAGGGAGUACAAAGAAGGUUCACCAGAUUGAUUCCUGGGAUGGCAGGACUUUCAUAUGAAGAAAGACUGGAUGAACUGGGCUUGUACUCGUUGGAAUUUAGAAGAUUGAGGGGGGAUCUGAUUGAAACGUAUAAAAUCCUAAAGGGAUUGGACAGGCUAGAUGCAGGAAGAUUGUUCCCGAUGUUGGGGAAGUCCAGAACAAGGAGCCACAGUUUGAGGAUAAAGGGGGAGCCUUUUCGGACCGAGAUUAGGAAAAACUUCUUCACACAAAGAGUGGUGAAUCUGUGGAAUUCUCUGCCACAGGAAACAGUUGAGGCCAGUUCAUUGGCUAUAUUUAAGAGGGAGUUAGAUAUGGCCCUUGUGGCUAUGGGGAUCAGGGGGUAUAGAGGGAAGGCUGGGGCGGGGUUCUGAGUUGGAUGAUCAGCCAUGAUCAUAAUAAAUGGCAGUGCAAGCUCGAAGGGCCGAAUGGCCUACUCCUGCACCUAUUUUCUAUGUUUCUAUGUUUCUAUCCCACUCCUGAUUGCUAUCCAUGCCUCCUCUGCCUGCACGUAUUCAUUCAUCCCCACAACCCCAGCCAAGAACGGCUAACUGAGCCUUUUUGAUCUUGCUUGGUACAGUGUUAUAAUGGGAAAUGUGUUCAACCCAACAGGAACUUACUACAUUUGUAGAAGGCAUACAGCAACAGACUCACCUGCCUUCCUGUCUGGUCUCUCUAUCAUAAAACAUGUGGUUUCAAACGUUUCAAAAUUUUGCAUCCAUCUUUAGGCAAAGUGCAUGAUUUUUUAAAUGGUCUCAAAACUAAUGUUACUAUUAUGUUUGAUUAAAUUUUCCUGCAGAAUAACAGUUCAAAAAUGUAUCAAUAAUUAUGAACUACUGUGAAGCGUCUAGAGUUUGUGAAAUUUUCUUCUGCCUUGAUUGAGGUGUUGAACAUUGUGAUUUUUAAAAAAUUAUUUUGUUAAGAUUGCUAUCGUUCCCACAUUGAAAACUAUUGUGAAUCAAAUUGGUUUCCUGGUCAUCAUUUAUCAGACUCUCUGUAUG